AUGGUGCUCGUAUCUGUUGCGCGCGGCAUAGUGAAGGCUCUGAUGCGCUCAAACACCUUCGAGGAGAUAGCCCAGAUUAUGGAGUGCGACGUGGAGAGUGUCGUCAGCUGCAUAAAGGAGUGCCAACUAGUCGCGGGCAACACCGCCACAUUUAAACUACCGACGAAGGCAGCGACAGUGCGCCGUCCGCACAAAAUGUCGGAUAAUGUGGUGGAGCAGAUUCUGAGAGAUCAUCUGUCAUACACUUCGCUGGAUGUGCAGCGGGAGCUGAUGUCCCAGCACGGCAUGAGCGAUAUCGAGUCGAAGGCUGUCCCAGUGAAGAACGUGGGUCUGAGUGUGGACGCCAGGAAUCGCCGCGUGGACUGGGCCCUGGCACACCAGGACUGGUCAGUGCGCGACUGGCGCAAUGUCUUCAAUAUGGACGAUCAGAAGUUUGUAGAUGGAUCGCCGCCUAAGCAGAUAUUCGUGGAUACCCUGGUGGGUCCAGAGGGUAGCAAUUGCAAUGACCGGAGUCUCGGCGAACAGCUGAUGGCCAUUAUCCAGCCAAAAAUACAGGCGCAGGCUCCAAAGAACACCCACGAGUUCCGCGCCGUGCUCUACGAUGCGUGGCACAGCGACCAGGAGAUAGUGGACAAGAUCGAACAACUAUACGAGUCAAUGCCAGGCCGCGUGCAGUUAGUUUUGCUCAGCGGCGGCGACAAUAUCGAGCUCUGACUUCCACAUAAUUGUGUAUAUCUCCAUUCUGCUAUCAUAAAUGACGUAUUCAUAAAAAAAUCUGUUAAGAACAAAUUCAAAAUGUGCGCUGCUAGCCCUGGCUGAGCUGUGUUGCGACCCUGUCCGAGCAGGGUUGCAUACAACGAGUACAUCAGCUGCUUCGUCUUUGCCGCGUCAUAAAAUAAUACCAGCCGUAUGUUCAACGAUGAAAGGGGGGAUUUGGGGGAAGGUCUGCGUCGCCCGUGCCUUGGUGGAAUUGUGGUGCGGCGUGGAAUGGAAUGGCGGUGGUGGAUGAGCUCAUAUACGAAAACGAAAAGAAACAAGUUUAGCUUUUUGGAAUGAUGAUGGCUGGACGGUGGGGCAGCUUCAUUCGAACGUGAGUCGCGAACGACGCCGGAUGAACGACAACGGACGCCCACGACGGCCCCAACGAAA